UCGGACUAGACUUGUACACGCACUACUUGCGAGUCGAAAGGGCGCUGAGACAUUCAAAUAUCGAAAGCCUCUAGUAUUUUAUCAAAUUGUUGAAUUGCAGGAAAAAUCAGAAUUCCGUGAAAUAAAUUCUCUUUAUUUUUGUUCGGGAAAAAUUUCUCACUUGAGAAAGAAAAAUCCAUUUUUUCUCGAGUGUCAACAGGAUUUCGAGCGGACUCCGGUGAUUUCUUCAGGCUGUGUAAGAUCGUGCGGAUCCCGAACUCCCAACAACUGUACUAGAAUGUACGUCGGUUUGAUCGUCUUCGUAGCAGUGUUGAUAGCUUCGCAGACAUUGGCCGAAGAGUCCAAGUUUAACGAUGUACCGUCGGAAAAACGUGCCCCCAUGGGAUUCCAAGGCAUGCGUGGGAAGAAGGACGCAGAGAAUGUACUGGAGAGCGACGAUUUCUCCAAAAGGGCACCUAUGGGUUUCCAGGGUAUGAGAGGGAAGAAAGAUCCAGCGGGACCCGAUCUGAUCGACAAUAUAAUUCAAGAUGACUUUGAAAAGCGAGCGCUGAUGGGCUUCCAAGGAAUGAGGGGGAAGAAGGAUCCACUCACAUUAUCAGACAUUAAGGAAGCUCUUUACCAUGAAGAAUACGAUAAGCGAGCGCCAAUGGGAUUUCAGGGAAUGCGAGGAAAGAAGGCGUCAGAAGAAGAGUUGCAGUUCCUGGACAAUAUAAAACGUGCGAGCAUGGGAUUCCACGGUAUGCGUGGGAAGAAACUGUACGCGGAUGAUUACGAGGACGAAUACGAGAAGCGAGCAUUGGCGAUGGGUUUUCAGGGGAUGCGAGGAAAACGCGAUGAGUACGAAGGAGAGUGGGAGAAGCGAGCACCCAGAGUAUUCCAGGGCUUCCAGGGUAUGAGAGGCAAGAAGAGCUUUCUGGAGGAGUUGGAGGAGAUGGAGAAGAGGGCCAUCAUGGGGUUUCAGGGAAUGAGGGGUAAGAAGGAUAGACUGGAUGGCUACUACAGCGGGUACGUGGAUCCACUUGAUUACGAGAAAAGAGCGCCUAUGGGAUUUCAAGGGAUGCGAGGCAAGAAGGACGGAGACAAACGGGCCAGCAUGGGAUUCGUCGGAAUGAGGGGGAAGAGAAAUGCUGCUAAUAUUUAUGGAUCUGACGACAAUGAAUUCCUUGACAGACUGCCCGCGGAUUUCCUAGGCUCAAGAUUCUUCGAUGAUGAGAUUCAUUUUGUUAAGCGAUCAGGGGACGAACCCGUCCAAUUUAGAGAGAAGAAAAUUCCGAAUUGGGAAUUGAGGGGUAAAUUCAUCGGCGUCAGGGGGAAGAGGUGGUCGCCUGAGAGUCUUGGAAGUAAUGAGAAUAUGAUGAAUGAAGUGCUUGAUCAUAUCGAGAGGAUCGGGCUUAACAAUGACUCAACGACAAAAUUCGAUACCCAGUAGUGCUGUAAACAUUAGGAUAUCCUUUCAACAUUCCAAGAGUUGGACUAUUUUAGACUAAUCCGAAAAAUCAACCCAGAAACAAGUUUAUUUCAUGGAAAAUUAGAAACUUCUCUGAGAAUAUGAACUAAAAAAAAAAUUUCUAAAAAAAAAUGUUGCACUGAAAUUCUGAAAAAUUUGAUGCAAUAAUGAGAAAAUAAAACGCAGACGAGUCCUUUACGAAAGCCUACAUCAGUAUUACCGUUACCGAAAACUGAAUAAAUAAAUAAAUAAAUAAAUAAAAAUACUUCUGUCGUCAGUAUAAAUUUUCAUCGCUAAUUAGCAAGACGACUACUAGUCACACAAUUUUCAGUGUCCCGUAGACCUGGAGAACUAUAUAACAAAUAACAAAACAAAAUAAUAAUAAAAAAAUAUAAAAAAAAAAGAUUGAAUAUGGAGUACGAGAAAUGCAUAGGUACUAUAUUUUUCUCUGAAUGUUACAUCCUUGUAUCAAUUUUUAAAUAAAACCUAUUAGUACUGGCUUGCUCGAUAUAGAAAUCUCGUGAUUGGCAGAUUAUAAUUAUCCAAGUGAUCGAUAGAAUGGAUACCAUACUCUAGUCACCCUUGAUUAGAAUUAACACCAGCUGAAUAUGGGCGCACUUUUCAAAAUCCCAAACUGUUAUCUCUCGCACACCGUUAAAUUAAACAAAUAUCCUAGUGACUAUUCGGAUUAGGACAUGGAGGGAGGGUGAGGCGAGAUGGAUGUUAUUGUAUUUGUAAUAUCUGUUAAUCAAACGAUAAGAUUUGGAUGAAUUUGGUCUCAUUUUGGAUUUAACCAUAAAAAUUCGAAAGUUGGAAUGAAAAAAAAAAUUGAUAAAUUCUCAGUGCGUCGAAAGUAGAGAAUUUUAAAUAGGACCCGACCUGAAUCAAAUCACAAAAUCCAUUUCAAUUGAAUUAGAUUCCAUCUGAUUCAAAUUUUAGAAUCUACUUGAAUCAAUUCUGACCUGCUGUGAAUCAAGUCGGACUCGACCUGAAUCAAAAGUCCGACCCGACGUGAAUCAAAUCAGAAAACCUACUUAAAUCAAGUCGGGCCCGAUAUGAAUCAAGUCGCAGAAUCUACUUAAAGCAAGUCAAACUUGAUAUGAAUCAAGUCGCAGAAUCAACUUGAAUCAAUUGCGACCUGACCUAAAUCAAGUCGGACACGAAUCAAGUGACAAAAUCUUUGUGAAUCAAGUCAGACGCGACACGAAUCAAGUCACAGACUCUACUUGAAUCAAUUCUGACGCGACCUGAAUCAAGUCACAAAAUCUACUCAAAUCAAAUCGGACCCAACAUGAAUCAAUAAGCAGAAUCAACUUGAAUCAAUUCUGACCCGAUCUGAAUCAGGUCGGAUCCAACAUGAAUGCAGUUACAAAAUCUAAUUGAAUCAAUUCCUGCUCAUAUCAAGGAUCCCGCAACUUGGUCCAAGCAAAUCAUUUUUCUGUCUAAUCCCCUAGAUUAGAAUAUAGGGUUGAAAAUUCCACCUCGAGUCACUCACGUACAUUCCCACCUCGUUCGUUAGUCUCAAGAAUUCAUUAGGCUGGAUGAGGAACAAUAUUUGUGUUCUAGUGUAUCCUUGCAUAAUAAUGACUGUUGUACACGCGUCACGACGUAUGUAUCCACGAAACAGAAGGAAGUCCUUUAAAAUGAAAUGAGGAGAUGAAAACACCCUCUUUAUAUAGUUAUUCAGACUGUCCUAUCAGUGUCAUGACAUUAUUUUUGAAUAUUUUCAUUCAUUUCCUCAUUUCAGACAGUUAAAUUGCUCUCAUUGUGCCUGAAAUUUCGAGGCUUGCUUCUCCAAUUUCUGGAGAAUGUUUUUUCAAGCAUUUUGAGACGGUAAGUUUGCAUCACCAUCUCUCACAACAAGUUAAAGUGAUCCGAUCGCUACAGUUUCAUUUGCCCAAGGUCACGAGGAUGAAUAUUAACAUAAUUACGAAACAUACCGCAAUCCGCGAUUUAUAUUUUUUGUUCUAUUUUUAGCCACUGCGGAUACUUUAUAUAGAUUGUUUGGGUUACCGAUUAAAUAAAAAUGUUCAUUUUGGGAAUAUAUUUUCAGGAGCCCGAAUUAAUAAUUUCCUGAUCGUUAUCAAGGAAUUAUUAUUCUCCCAUGAGAUUUCGUGUUAAAUAUUAUAUCUCCAGCUAUUUUUCAUUGAGAAUAAACACGAAAUUAAGAAAAUGAUGGCGUUUUUUCCAAAUAGCCUAAACGCACGGUAUAUUUACCAAAUUUUCUUGAAAAUCUGGUGUGAUCGGGUCAUUUUAAUGAAGGAUGUCAUGAAUAUUCCCCAACAUUAUUUAGAAUAUUAUUGUUUCUAUUUUGAGAGGAUGAAAUUCUGAGGCGAAAGCUCCGCUCAACUUUGCCUCCGGAUUUUUUCAAGAACUUCAGCGAAAUUUCGGCAACUGCGUCGUUACAGUUAAAAUUAUUUUCAUAACAAUUCAAUUUCUAUUUUAAUUAAAGAAGGAGUGGCGGCGAGGGGGGAGGGGAUUAGUUCAGGUACAUUUAGCGAAUCCAAAUAAACUCAAGAGGUCAACACCUUUGAUAUCCCUUUCAGAGGAACCCGCCCCCUCGCCCUCUUCGCCCAACGCCGCCGUCAUUUUUGAACUUCACUAAUUAAUAACUCGCUAAUUAUCGCCCAGAGACAAACGGUAAAGAGCAACUUUCGACUCAGAAUGUCACCCCCUUCGAUACCGUAAGGUUUCAGUCACCUAUUUAAACAUUAUCAAUUUUAAUUACUUAUUUAAUGCUUUUGAUGAUGAAAAAACUAAUUUUUUUAAUGUGAAAACCUCAUGACAUCCUCAACUCAUAAAACGGCGGAGGUGCACUAAAGUAUGGUAAGAAUAACGGACUCCCACGUUAAUUGAGAUAUCGCGAGUCCCUCCUGUUUUUCUUUCAAUUAUCAGCUUUAUUUUUCCCCUAGUUUCAAGAAUAACGAAUGUAAAUGAGGUGAUAAACGACUGAAGAAAGUAUAAAAAAUGAUACGCAAUAACAAAAAUGACACUGUGGAGGUGAAAAUAAAUUGAUGAAAAAUUAGUCAGAGUGUGUAAUUAAACAUAAAACAUACAUAUAGUAUAUUUCGAGUGUAUAUAAAUGCUGAUUCAACGGUGGUGAUAAACAGGAUAUAAAAAAAGUUAUAUAGGUAUAAUGAAAUAUGAAAAAUAAUUGAAAUAUCCAAUACGUGUUAUUUGAAAAAUGAUUAUAUAUUGAUGUAAUGUAUAGAUUCAAUAUGUCUGUCACAGUGAAUCAAACUCGUGAAAAUUUAACGGGUGAUACGGGAGUAAUAUGAAUACCUGAGGCCCGUCAUUCAGUUUCUCUCCCUCUUCAAUCGAUUGGGAAUAACGGAAGAAUAUUAAUUGAAAAUGUAUGAGUUAUUUUUCCUUAUAAGUUUAUAAUUAUUUUGUAAUAUGAUGAUAUGGAUGGAAUAAAAUGUUAUCGCAAUUUUUUCCAUUA